AUGAAGAAUGCCGGCCGUACGAAGGCGUCUGUGAGCCUCAUGCGGGACCGAAACUUGUCGAACUCUUCGGUCCCCGCCGCCACCCGCCCCACCGGGCCAGCCGCGAAAGGGGCUGUGACGCUGUUCGUCUCCAAGAGUGCGCGAAGCGACAUGGAGCUAGUUUUUGACCGCCUUCAUGCUCUAGACAAGUCCACCCAGUCGGACACGAUUAGUGGGAAGGGACUGGCACAGUUCUUCUGUGAGGUUUCUGUCGAAGCGUCGUCCUUAGAGUGCAUGGUGCUCUUGUGGAAGUUAGGUGCCACGCAGCAAGGCUGCAUCACGCGGCCUGAGUGGCUGCUAUCCAUGUACGCCAACGGCAUCGAAUCCGUCGCACAGCUGCGUCAAAAGCUCGGGGAGUGGGUAAAGGAUGUUCGCGAGAGCUCUGGCGCCUUUCUGCUCAUGUAUACUUAUAUGUACGACUACAUCCGUGGCGAGGAGGAUCGCCGCAUGACACGGACAACGGCAAUUAACGGGUGGGACGUUUUUUUUGGCCAGAAUAAGCGCUAUGCAAAGUGGAAGACAUGGGCAGUGGCCAACCUCACGGGCGAUGUUUCCCGUGACCUCUGGCGGCAGCUCGGCAUCUUCCUCACGAUGGACACGGACGCUACGCAAAGCUCCGAUGACCAGGUGCUCGCACUGUCGUGGCCAUCGGCAAUCGCGGACUUCAUUGAGACGGAUAACUUGCCGGCCUCCUGA